AUGGGCAGACACAUAGGUCAGCUGAUUACUCUUGCAGGUGAUGAGAGGCCGAGGCUCUUAGGUAUUCCGAAGAAUGCAACUGUAGCUGAGGCAGCGCCGACAGGCAUGUGGACAUUCACAGGGGCUCGAACUGAGGCGAUUCAGGAGCUCCAAAUCGCACUCACUGCCAUCAAACCCCCACUCGAGUCUGUAGGUGCAGAUACGGUUCUGUGGAAGCAUGACAAUGACAAAUAUAAGCCUUGUUUCUCGUCGAGUAAAACCUGGCAACAAAUUCGAAUCCCAGGAACCAAGCCGAACUGGUUGGACGGUGUUUGGCUGCCCGUAACAACGCCAAGACUUUCCCUCCUCCACUGGCAAGUCAUGCAAGGUCGACUUCCCACAAAGGACCGUCUAUUGCGAUGGGGAAUUAAUGUGGACGUCAACUGCUAUCUCUGCGGUAUGUUAGACGAAACUCAUGCUCACCUAUUUUAUGAUUGUCUAAGAACCAUAGCUGAUGCACGAACAAAGCUAGACCGUAGGAUGAUGACUCUGUUGAUUUCUGACCAGCUGAACAAGAACUCUUCACAAAAGCAUCUACUCGAGGAUUGGUAUUUCUUGACUGCAGGCCGACGUUAG